AUGGAUCAGGUCCAGCAAAUACACUCUAAAGGCAUCUACCACGGCCUCCCGACCUUCUCGGACGAUGUAGAGGGGCUGACAGCGAUUGUUGCUGGAGCUAAUGGCAUGUCAGGUGACCAUAUGCUGCGAGUCCUUUGCGAGAAUCCAAAGAGAUGGAAAAAGAUCUACGCCGUCUCCCGGCGGCCACCGAAUGGGCAGUGGCCCAGCUACGUCGAACAUGUCUCGAUGGAUCUCCUUCAAACACCGGAGACAUUGGCAGCUCAGAUGGCGGAACGCGGAAUGAAAGCUGACUAUGUUUUCUUCUUCGCCUACAUUCAGCCGAAACCAAAGGAAGGCGGGGACAUCUGGAGUGCGGCUGAUGACCUAGUGAAGAUCAAUACACAGCUUUUAAGCAACUUUUUAGAAGGCCAGGCGCUGUCCAAAACUUUGCCAAAGAGGGUACUUCUCCAAUUAGGUGCCAAGUAUUACGGUGUGCACUUGGGGCCCGCUGCUGUUCCCCAGGAAGAGACCGACCCCCGCGUAUUGCUAGAGCCGAAUUUCUACUAUCCUCAAGAAGAUUGCCUGCGAGAAUUCGCUCAGAAGCACGGCAUCGGGUGGAAUACCACGCGUCCAUCCUGGAUCCCCGGAGCCGUCCCGGAUGCCGCAAUGAACUUGUGUUUGCCCCAUGCGGUCUACGCUAUUGUUCAGAAGCGUCUCGGAAAGCCCCUGGAGUAUUUUGCCGACCUGGCAGCCUGGGAAACCAACCAGACACUAUCGUCGGGCCAGAUGAAUGGCUACCUAGCGGAGUGGGCUGUUCUGACGGAUGGAGCUGAGGAUGAGAGCUUUAACGCGUCCGAUGACUGUGCAUUUACCUGGGGUAAGUUCUGGCCCAAGCUGGCUGCACGAUUCGAUAUCCCAUGGACUGGGCCUUCUAGCGAUCUUUCUCUGUACAGAGAGAUCGAAACCCCAUAUAAUCCUCCCCCGCGUGGAUUCGGACCCCCAGGGAAGUUACGUUACAGGUUUACUCUUGCCGAAUGGGCCAAGAAGUCCGAGGUACAGCAUGCGUGGCAGGAAAUUGCCCAGGCUCACCAGUUGCGUGAUCAAACGUUGGGAGAUAUUGAUCGAAUCUUCGGGUUCACCGAUGCUGCUAUGACAUGGAGUUAUCCCAUCCACUUCAGUACCACCAACGCGAAGAAAUUUGGCUUCUUCGGCUUUGUCGAUAGCAGCGAAUCUAUCUUUAAAGUCCUGGAGGAAUUCGUAGACUUGAAGAUGAUUCCCCCUCUGCCUCCAGUGAAAAGUGUUAGUUAG